AUGGGGAUCAGCAACACAGAUAAUACCCUAAUUACCACAGCCUUCCAGCAUCUGUUCUCAACUCUCAGCGCAUGGGAACCAAAUAGCAACUUGCUGCUUGAUAUCAGUGUUCAUUCUCCCAGUGACUCAGAGCACUGGUUCAAAUAUAUAACCUUUGGGCCUCAUAUCCCCUCUGAUGAGUGUGGUUUGAGUCUAUGCACUGAGCAGUCAAUGCUGGUCAAACUUGAUGACCACCAGCAUGGUUGGAUUACUGGGAGUCAAAAUUCCACUCCAUCUAAAGCUGGUAUCCACAAAGUUUUCGAUGAAAUCAUAGGUGAAGGACCAUUUGAUGAUAACAAAAAGGAAGACCAGUGGUGGCAGCAACUACCAUUAGUCCCAGCAGCAACAGGUGUGCUCCUACGUCAACAGAACCGCCGACGGUGGAAGCCAACUGCAUUAGCACAGAUGUUUGCCCGUCUUCCCAGACUUCAGGAGAUUUACUACGAGCCUUGGAGAGAAUGGUGUGAUACCCAGCAGGAGUGGACAGAUCAAACUUUCAUGGAUAGUUUUAUGGGUUGCAGUCCAAUUCGCAUCCCGACCUCUGAUAUCAGCUGCGCGGUUGCCAAAGCCAGUCUCAAGCUUGAGUACCUCUCAGCAUCAUUUAUUGUGGAUGCCAGCUAUUUCUUCUAUGCCUGUGAACCUCAUUGGAAGUGGCCCAGCAUGACUUUACUUACGCUGACUUCUCAACUGCUCACACCUGAUGAGAGCCCAAUUGAGAUUGAUAACAUGCUCCGGCAUGACGGAUGGCACAGCGCCUGUCUACUGUCGCCGGCAUGGCGGGUGGUCGUCUACCAUGACUGGCUUGAUAACCCAACUACACUCUUCGACCAAAAGCCAAGAUUCGAUUCUAUUCCCGAGUUUCUGGAUUGUCCUCUCAAAGCGCUUUCAGUGAACUUAUUCCAUCUAUUACGCCAAUAUAUGCCACUGCAGGCACAAAAUGACUGUCCCAACGCUGUAUUUGAAACAACGCAGCUCUUGCUAGAUGGAGAACAAUAUGAACGCGUUCCAGCUACGCCACUCACUAGUCCUGUUGCUAUCGUCUACAUCCCUGAUACUCAUAACACUCAAAUCAGCGUUCCAGAUGGACACAUCCUGAUCCAUCUUGGUGAUCUGACGAAAUCGGGAUCUUUCAAGGAAAUUGAGGCACCACUCACUUGGCUAUGCGCCGAGCCUCACCCCACCAAAAUCUUCAUUGCUGGUUAUCAUAGCUAUUACUUGAUUCAGGAUGGGAUGACUCAUCAGGCCGGGCAGCCUCUGAGCGAGCCCAGCUCGACAGGGGCGACAUCAUCUACCUAG